AUGAUGAACAGGAUCUUCUUGUCUUGCCUACUCCUCAGCCUGUACAGCGCAGGCUCCUCACUGAGCUGCAGAUGGUUGGAUCAUAAAUUCAGACAGUACAAUCAAAGGUCUUCAGAGUUACUGGAUACGAUGGUUAAUAAUUCCACCAACACCACUGAGGAUGCUGAACUGGAGGUGGCCUUCCCUCAUGAUCUGUACACCCAGGCAUCCAAAGCAUCAGCUGGGGAGCGUCUUGGUUUCAUUGUGCAGACUCUGGAUCAGAUGGCUCUCCUGUUUCAGGAGGAUCACAACUCUACAUCCUGGGAGGAAAACACAGUGGACGACUUUGUCAAUGUAGUCAGCGAGCAGGCUGAUGGUCUGCGCUCCUGUAUUGGGAGGCACAACCACAAGAACAAGAAGCUGCGCAUGUAUUUCAAGAGACUGUCAGGUCUUAUUGGACGAAUGGGCCACAGUGCUGAAGUCUGGGAGCUGAUCAGGAGGGAACUCAAAGUCCAUCUAUUCAGAGUCAACCAGCUGGCUUCAUCUCUAAUCACCAAGAACUGAAACCUGUCUGUGUG